UACUUCUAAACAAAAUGCUAACUGUAUUUUUCAUCUAUCCCAUGUUACACAGGAUGCCUAAUAAACCACUUUCAGCAUUGACUCUACAAGAUCGAAAUGCAGAGGUUCAAAUACAGAUCCACAGGAAAUGGGAGUUUCGAGGUGCCGUUGACAAUGGCCCUAUAUUACACAUCGACAUGAUCCUGACAGACUGCACAGGCAAUGCUAUCCAUUGUCAGAUUCCUUCGUUCCUAGCAGCUACAAGAGGCGAUGAAUUUCAAGUUGGCAAAAUAUACAAGAUGACCCGCUUUUCAGUAGCCCGUGCAAAAUCCACCUACAAGCCUGUUGAUGGUGAUCUCAUGUUGUAUGUCACACCAUACACAACCCUUGAACUUUGCCACACUUCACAAUCAUGUUUUCCCCUUUAUGUUUAUCAUCUAACAAGCUAUGACAAGAUUGAUCCAGAUGGAUCAAAUGCAAGAAACUUCCAUGGUAUGUUUCCUAAAUAUGACAUGAAAUCCCAUUCUCACAACUAUCCAAUCUCUCGCCUGAUUUAAUCCUGGUGUUUUUUUACUAUUGUAUG